AUUCUAGUAGGUUCACGCAGCUGGCGUCUUCUCUCGUGUCGUGUAUUUCAUUGAUGGUGACGUGGUAAUAGUCCGUCGAAAGGUACAACUAAUUGUUUUCAAGGACAGCUGGCACACAAUCAAGUUUGCCAAUCUAGGAUUCAGUCAAGGGUACAUAUCCUUCGUACCUACUUUACAUCUUAUCAUCCACGUUCACGUUUCGUUCUCCGUUUCAACGAUCCUUUAUUAUUCAGCGUCCAUAAUAUUAUUCCUUCUCCUCAGGCCUUCCAACUAAGACUGAGGAAGGAUUAAGAGCUUCCCUUCUUCUCGUCGCUAUUUUGCCAUGACUUACGUUGUGAACACUGUUCCCGCUGAUCACAUGAAUCCCAUCAGUUCCGAACACAACCAGUGUGACGAGGAGCGACCGGAGGACUCGGUUUUUAAUCUCAAAAAUAUCCCAGUGUUGACGCCAGAACAGGAGAAGAAACUAUGGAGAAAGAUUGAUCUGCGGAUAGUGCCUAUCCUCAGUUUGAUGUAUCUUUUGGCCUUCAUUGACAGAGGUAACAUCGGUAACGCAAAGUUGGAGGGGAUUGUCACUCAGCUGGAUCUCACGGGAAACAGGUUCAACAUUACAUUGGUAUUGUUUGUCAUACCAUACUGCCUAUUUGAAUGUCCCGCUAACCUGGUUCUUAAAGUGUUCAGGCCAUCUAGAUGGCUUCCAGGGAUCAAUUUUGUAUGGGGGGUAGUUAUGACACUCAUGGCUUUCGUGAAGACGUACCCUCAGCUUCUUGGGGUGCGAGUCUGUCUUGGUAUCGCUGAGGCAGGUUUGUUCCCUGGUGUGGUUUAUUACCUUACUUUGUGGUAUCCGAGACACAUGUUACAAUAUCGAAUUGGCUUGUUUUUCGGCGCUGCAACAGUUGCAGGUGCUUUCUCUGGUUUACUAGCCUUUGGAAUUAGUUACAUGGGUGGCAUGGAUGGACUCGAAGCAUGGUCUUGGAUCUUCAUGCUUGAGGGCCUUGCAACGAUAGUUGUAGCUAUCAUUGCUUUCUUUGUGCUGGUCGACCUUCCGGACACGGCUAAGUUCUUGACCCCGGAAGAGCGCGCUUUUGUUGUGUGGAGGAAAAAAUACGACAAUUCAUCAGUUGGAGAGGAAGAGAAGUUUGCCGCCAGGCACGUCUGGGCCGCGUUCAGAGACUGGCAGGUCUGGCUUCAUAUCCCCGUUUAUGUAUCAAUCGUUGGGCCUUUGUAUGGCAUCACCCUGUUUCUCCCAACGAUCAUCAAUAGCUUUGGAUAUAGCACGCCAGUUAGCCAGUUGCUCACCGUGCCACCAUAUAUCGCCGCAACUUUCACAUUGCUAGCUUUUGCACACUACUCGGACAAGUUGAAAAUACGAUCCCCUUUCAUUCUUGCCGGCCUUACAAUGUGUCUCAUCGGCUUUUCGAUAAACAUAUCAACCGCACCCAGUGGUGUCAAGUAUUUUGGAACUUUCUUUAUUGUCAUGGGAAGCUAUGCAGCAGUUCCUGGAAUCAUUUCUUGGCUCGGAAACAAUCUUUCCGGCCAGUACAAGAGAGGUGUUGGCAUGCCCCUCCAAAUGUGCAUUGGAAACUUCAGCGGUGCAGUUGCAGCCGUCAUCUAUAGAUCGCAAGACUCACCUCGUUUCAUUUUGGGGCAUGGAUUGGAACUCAUGUUCGUCGGGAUUGGAUUCAUCUUUUUGCCAAUUGUGGUGCUCAUUUAUAAGAGGAUUAAUGCCCAACGCGACGCUGCCGAACGCCUCGCAACGGAACGGGGAGAGAAAAUGCAAUAUUCUGAGCAGGAAUUGCGGGAAUUGGGAGACCGUGCGCCUGACUUCAGAUAUACAUUAUAAGCAGGAACAAAGUUACACCUUAUGCUUGUCAUGGCCUGGUAUCGGGGAUACAAUUCUUCGCAAACAAAUCAUGUUUAUUAUCACUUUGGAACUGAAUACACACGUCUUAGUUGUAAC